AUGGAGUUUAAACGCCGCCAUCAACAACUCAACCUCGAGCUUCUUCUUGAACCAUCGUCAUCUUCUUCAUCAGCUCCUGUUAGUCCAAAUUGUGAGGCUGCUACUGCAAGGGUUUUCUCAUGCAACUAUUGCAAGAGAAAAUUUUAUAGCUCACAAGCGUUGGGUGGUCACCAAAAUGCUCAUAAAUUGGAGAGAACUUUGGCCAAGAAAAGCAGAGAGAUUAGAGCUUACAAAGGAGAUUAUGAUCACACCAAUAAUAUUAUCAUGAAUAAUUCUUCAAGCCAUAAUUUGUGGAGUGUUGAGACAUUUACAACUACUACAACAACAACACCACCACCACCUGAUCAUCAUCUACUCAUUGGCCCACGUGGCAUUCCGGCUGAUCAUCAUCAUCAUCAUCAAGAUGAUCAUGAUCAUAUUGGCCAUCUUGAUUUGUCUUUAAGGCUUUGA